AGCAUAAUUACGCGAACGCAUCACAUCGAAUUGUCAGUAAUCAGCUGUUUCAUUUAUCACCUGGAAUUGCAUUCACGCGUUUUCUAUACAAUUGAUCGGUUUUAUAACAAAUACCUCUGGAAAAAUGAGGCUAACGCAAUUUCUGUGCACCAAAUUAAAGAACUUCUCAAACUUGCCAAAGGAAUAUAUAGAGCGGAGCAAGAAGCAGGUAUACUGGAAGACACCUUCUGGUGUUCCGAACUACUUACAGCGAACCGUUGAACGAAAACGGUUCCGGUACACCACAAAUCGCUCAUGGACAGGCCAAUUUCGACAGCAAAAUAUGCCCGGAACUAUACGUAAAAAAGUCUUCCUUAACCCAGUCGAGGAUUGGAGUUUCUUCCGCGGUGAUCGAGUUGAAGUGCUUGUUGGCAAAGAUAAAGGGAAGCAAGGCAUUGUCAAUCAGGUUAUCGCCGAACGCAAUUGGGUGAUAGUCGAAGGUUUAAAUUGGCAUUACCGUACGGUAGGUGGUGAAAAGGGGUUUCCUGGCGUUUUAAUCAAAUCAGAGGCUCCUUUGGAUGUCACAAAAGAUGUGCGUUUAGUAGAUCCAUCGGACUUGCAAGGAACAGAUUUUGAAUGGCGGUACACCGAGGAGGGUGAAAAAGUUCGAGUAUCCGCACGCACAGGCCGUAUUAUACCCAUCCCCGAGACAAAUAAUCAAACAUAUGAUUAUAAAACUCCUAACGCUUAUAUUGAGCGUGAAAAGGAUACUCCCGGCAACGUUGUGGGAGAGAUUACUUUCCAACCAAAAUUAGCAACAUUUGAAAUGGAUAUUAUGGAAGAAAUGGGCAUUGUUGAAGAACGUACGCCUAAAAAAACUUAUUGGUAUUAAGUUUAACAAUUAUUUCAUUUAUUGGUUACUUAAAAUGUUAUCAAAUAUAAACUAUUUAAUUAUUUUUAAAGAAAAGUGUCAAUAUACUUUAUAAUUAACUACAUAUUUAAA